AUGGCCGCAGCAGAGACAGCAACAGCCGCAGCCGCCGUCGACGUCGCAACAACAGCAGCAGCCGCGGCAACGGCAGCAUUGGGCUCCUCCGGCUCAGGAGCGGCAUCGACGGCCGCCUCGGAGGCAGCCAAUGGCCGAGAGGCUCGUAAUCUAGCCGAAAAACAGCGGCGGGACAAGCUGAAUGCCAGCAUCCAGGAGCUGGCUACGAUGGUGCCACAUGCAGCCGAAUCCUCCCGCCGCCUGGACAAAACGGCCGUCCUGCGUUUCGCCACCCACGGCCUGCGGCUGCAGUAUGUGUUUGGCAAGUCGGCCACACGACGGCGGCGGAUAGUCUGUCUGAAGGGUGUCUCGUCGCAGGACACAUCCGGCGGCAGUGCAGCGCCGACCGCCACCCAGAAUCCCAGUCUCCAUUUGACGGACACACUGAUGCAGCUGCUCGACAGCUGCUUCAUCACCAUCACCUGCAAUGGCCAGAUCGUGCUGGUCUCCUCCAGCGUUGAGCAGCUGCUGGGCCACUGCCAGUCGGAUUUGUAUGGCCAGAAUCUGUUGCAGAUCACCCACCCGGAUGACCAGGCCCUGCUCCGACAGCAGCUCAUUCCACGCGACAUCGAGACGCUGUUCUAUCAGCAGCGCCAGACGACGCCCUCGCAGAAGCGCCAGCGGCAGCAGCAGCACCGCUCCACAUCCACAUCGGCCUCCGUUUCGGGCAGCGAUGUGGAGGAGGAUGUCGAUGAGGCGGACCCGGAACCGGAUCCCGAGAACGAGAACGAGGAGAUGCCACCAGAUGACCAAGGCUGCGAAGAGCUCUAUCCACGUCGCAGCCCCAGCCCCCGUACCAUUGCCCAUCUGGCGGCCAUAGACGAGAGGCUACGCUCGGAUCGGCGCUGCUUCACCAUCCGGGUGGCGCGCGCCUCCACCCGCGCCGAGGCCAGCCGCCAGUACGAGCUGGUGAAGAUCGAUGGCUGUUUCCGGCGCAGCGAUUCCUCGCUGACGGGCGGUGCGGCCGCCAAUUAUCCCAUUGUCUCGCAGCUGAUCCGCAGAUCGCGCAACAACAACAUGCUCGCUGCGGCUGCAGUAGCAGCGGCGGCAGCGGCCGAGGCGACGGCAGCGGCCAUCACCGGUUGCCUGCCCCAGCACGAUGCCAUUGCCCAGGCGGCCCUGCAUGGCAUCAGUGGCAACGACAUUGUCCUGGUGGCCAUGGCCCGUGUGCUACGCGAGGAUCGGCAUCGGGAUCGCGAUCGCGAUCGGGACCGCGAUCAUCGCGUCCGUGCCGAGUCGCCCGAAUGCGAGGACUUUGGCUCCAGUCUGCUCUACCGCCAGCCGGAACCGUACCAGCUGGAGUAUCGGACGCGCCACCUCAUCGACGGCAGCAUCAUUGACUGUGAUCAAAGGAUUGGCCUUGUGGCCGGCUACAUGAAGGAUGAGGUGCGAAAUCUCAGUCCCUUCUGCUUUAUGCAUCUGGACGAUGUCCGCUGGGUGAUUGUGGCCCUGAGGCAGAUGUACGACUGCAACAGCGACUAUGGCGAGAGCUGCUACCGUCUGCUGUCGCGCAACGGGCGCUUCAUCUACCUGCAUACGAAGGGAUUUCUGGAGAUUGAUCGCGGCAGCAACAAGGUGCACUCGUUCCUGUGCGUCAAUACGCUGCUGGACGAGGAGGCCGGCCGCCAGAGGGUGCAGGAGAUGAAGAACAAGUUCUCGACCAUCAUCAAGGCGGACGUGCCGACGCAGAGCAGCAGUCCGGAUCUGCCCGCCUCACAGGCGCCCCAGCAGCUGGAACGGAUUGUCCUGUACCUCAUUGAGAAUCUGCAGAAGAGCGUCGAGUCAGAGUCCGGCGGUGUACAGCCGAUGGACACCAGCAUGCUGGACGAUGGCUACAGCUCACCGGCCUCCUCAUCGGCCACCAUGCUCACCCUGGAGGAGAUGGCGCCAUCGCCCACGCAAUCCCAGUCGCAGAAUCAACUGGCCCUGGUGCCGCCCGCACCCAGCUCUGUGAAGAAUUCCAUCUCCAAAUCGGUGAGUGUGGUCAAUGUGACGGCAGCCCGCAAGUUUCUCUAUCAGCGGGAGCAGCAGGAGCAGUUGCAGCUGCAGCGGGACCAAUGCAUCCUCUCGUCCGGCACUGGGGUCAUCCGACAACUGAGCAGUUGCCUGAGCGAAACGGAAACCAGCUCGAUGCUCUCACCCGCGAGCAGUGUCAGCGGUGAUAUACCGGAUACACCGGAUCCCAAUAGCAAUACUCCGCCUCCCUCCCAUCUGCAAUCGCCUGUACCGCAAACCCUGUCCCAAUCCCAGUCCCCCUCCCCGUCACCGAUCCCUGCUACGGUGAGGCCCAGUGUGCUUCACAGGUCGCCGGCCACGCCCACCAGCACACAGCUGAGGGCGGCAUUGACGAGUACGGCUCAAUGACCGGACGGAUGAGUUGGUGAUGGAGUGGCACGACGCAGAAGGAGCAGGAGGCGGCGCCGACGAUGGCGGCGUCGUAAUAGAUCCAUGUCCAGUGUUGUGAAAUGCUUGUUUGCCUUCCAAGUGAAAAGAAACGAAAAACUUUGUUAGCAUCGUUAUGUAAUAAUUAAUAAUAGUGUAUAUAUCUGUAUGUAUGUAUGUAUCAGCCGUAGUGUAUGCAUGAGCGUAUGUGUGUGUGUGUGUGUGUGUGUGUGUCUUUCGAGUCCAGUGUUCGGUUCCAGUAACCCUCGCUCGCUCGCUCCCUCCCCCCUCCUACGCCUAAUAACUACUCAUUAACAGUUAGAGCAUCGAUUGAUGCCAAUCGAUCCACAGAUAACAAUCGCCUAUCGCUAUAGCAAACCAUCACACCACCCCCAUCCACAGCCAUCAUCCAUUUCACUCUAACCCACGUCCGAAGCCUGGCUUCAGAGAGCAAUUUCAAAGCAAUACUCAUCCGAACACUGAGAGAGUGAGAGCGAACAAUCCAAUAGAGAGAGAGAGAAAGGGCAGGUGUUGAUGGAUGGUGUGUGUUGUUGUUGUUGUUGGGUGGAGGGGGGGUGUUAGCGAUCAGGCGGUGUGUGGGAGAGAGACAUGCAGUGAAAAAAAGUUCCCUAUAUCGGAUUGUCUGCCCCAUGGAUGCAGUUGAAUUAAAUUUUUGCCAUACAACAAGCAGCAGCAAAGUGCGUUUCGUGCUCCGAAUAUAUUUUAAUACCCUGUAAAAUUUUAAUUUCCUAUUUUUACCCAUAAAUGUACGCAUAAAAUGCAGCAAAAAAAAAAAAAAAAAACGGAUACAGUGGAUAUAGCGACUCGUCAAACAAAUGGUCCGAGUCAAUAUACCCCCUCUGCAUGGCCACCAUGCCAGCAAUUCCCAUGGGGCCAUUUCACAGUGUGCAUAUCUCAAAAUUGAGUCUUGCUUCCAA